CUGUGUCCCUCGGACACAGCGGAUCACCGAUUAAUAGAAAGAGCCAAAGAUGUUGGCUCGGUCAUGUGAUCAGCUGUGUCCAAUCACAGCUGAUCACAUGUAAACAGGGAAAUGCCGGUUAUCGGCAUUUCUCUCCUCACGAGCUGUCACGCUGACAGCUCGAGAGCCCCAGCAGUGCCACCUAUCAGUGUCCAUCAGUGCCAGCUCUCAGUGCUCAUCCAUGCCACCUGCCAGUGCCCAUCAGUGCACAUCAAUGCCACAUAUCAGUGCCCAUCUGAGCUGCCUUUCAGUGUUACCCAUCAGUGCCAGUCAGUGCCACCUAUCAAUGCCAGUCAGUGCCACCUAUCAGUGCUGCAAAUCAGUGCCCGUCAGUGCUGCCUAUCAGUGUCACCUAACAGUGCC